GCGAAACCGCUUUACAUUCUUUAAAUCGCCUGCGCUCUCACCCUUGUUUGCGACCACGAUAUCGACAUGCUCAGUUAUGCGACGCACGCACUCACGCCGUAAGAACUGGAUUCGACGCCGCGCAUCAGCCUUUAUGCGAGGUCACUGCCUUUGGCCUCCAUUCACGCACUGAUCAUGGCGUUGUUCUUGAUUUUCUAUCUCUCCAAGAUUCGGACAAGUAAAGUUUCUUCCAUAUGAAAUUCCUUGCCGUUUCAUGCGCGAUCGCCAUGUAUACGUGUUUUGCGCGCGCAUUGCAGCGACUGAGACACCGAUCUUUGGUCUCUGGACCUCGGACCCUGCGGUCCUCGACCUCUGCGCAGGCGCAAUCAUCCCGUUCUCGAUCUGCAUUGGCCUCAUCUUCUUUCGGUUUCUUUUGAGCUCGAGUGCCAACGCGGUGCAGCUCUCUCGGUACGCGCUGCUCGUCAACAAUGCCGGCGCGUGGCUCGUCUACAUUCCGCUCUCGUACGUCUGCGUGGUGCACUUGGGCUGGGCGCUCCAUGGCUACUGGAUGGCUAAUGCGCUCGGUGAACUCGUCAAGAUCGUCCUCCUCGUGUGGCGCCUCGCGCGCAAGGACUGGACCGUUACAACGCGGACAGUUGUUGCCGGCCUCCAGCGCAUGGAGUCGGCGCUUUAGAGUCGUAAUUCAAUUGAUUUU